CCCACACGUCAAACAAGGAAAGAAGAAGAAGAAGAAGAAGUCCCCCUCACCGACCGCGAUCGAGCUCGCUCGAUUUUGGGAAACUUCCGCGAAUUCAUCUUCACCACCGCCCCUCCCGUUCCCGGUCAAAUCGCCUCCCGCAUCGAUCUCCCCACCCCCCCCCCCAUCAUCGCGUUCCGGCUCCCCAUUUUCGCGGUUCUUGAUUUUCCGAUCGCCGGCUCCGACGAUUUUUAGCCUCUUGAUUCUGUUUAAAAAAACUGCUCUGGUUUUCCUCCGCGUAAUCCGUCUCGGUAUUUUCCCCCCGCGCGUGCGAGGAGGAGGAGGAGAAAUGGACGAGUUCGGUGUCCUGACGGAGCGGUACGGCCUGAAGAGCCAGAGGAAGUCGGCCCCGAUGGCCGCGUCGAGGCGCCCCGACGGGAUCGGCGGCGGCGGCGCCCCCCGGGGCCGCAGCUCCGGUCACGGUCCCGCUCCCGCCUCCGCGUCCUCCUGGAACUCGGGCGCCGGUGGCGACGGCGCCUUCGCCGGUGGCUACGGCGAGUUCCUUCGGUCGAACGGCGGCGGCGGCAGCGAGGCUCAGGGUUUCGGCAAUUUGGACGACUUCGGCGAUCUGUUUGGCGGAUCCAGUAAGCCCUCGAAGUCGCCGGCCGGUGGUAGCGGCUUCGAUUACGACUCGCUUUUCAAUUCCGGCGCGGGGCCUUCGUCGAGCUACGAUAAUGACGAUAUAUUCGGCGGGAUGCCUGGCGUGAAGAGUUCGGCUUCGGUCGGUGACGGCGAUGACAUUUUCGGUUCGUUCGCUUCUCCUCCGAGGCAGAACUCUCCGGUUGACGAUUUGUUAGGUGGGUAUCAAAAUGAUGGCCAUGACGAUAUCUUUGGCGGCAUCGGCACGACGAAGUCCGGGAAGACUGGUAGUAAGGCAUCCGAGGCUGGGCACGGUGGUGCUGCGGAAUCCGAUGAUCUGAUACCUGGGUUUGGGGGAAGUAGUCCACCAGCUGACGGUCAGAGAAGGCAGCCCCGAAAAACCAAUGUUUAUUCAGCUGAGUCAGGCUCUAAUUUGUCAGAAGACCCUUUUGUUGUAUUAGAAUCGACUUCCAAGCCAGUGCGUGCUUCCUCGGAAAUGUUUUUUAAUCCAUUAGAAGAAAGCAGUCAGUUUGGUAAUUUCCAAAGGGCGAACGAAGUUGGAGAUAAAGGGAAGAGCCCUAGUGUGUCAUCGCUAGAUGAACUUGAGGACUUUGCUAUGGGCCAGGCGCGGGGAAAUACUGAUACACAGUCAGAUUUCCUUUCUGUUGGAAAGAGAUCUGGGGCCGAGAAAAAGGCUAGAGGCCCUGGUGUGUCUUCAAUAGAUGAGCUUGAGGACUUUGCUAUGGGUAGGGUGCGAAGAAAUGCUGAUAUCCAGUCAGAUUUUCUUUCUGGUGGAAAUAAUUCUGGGCCUGAGAAAAAAGCUGGUGGAUAUAAAGAGGGUUCAAGGGAUCCAUUUGAAAAUAAGCCCAAGGCUGCGGAUGAUCUAGAAUCCUUCCUUGGCAUGGGUUUGCGGUCAAGCAGUGUACCUAAAUCCAGGCCAACAAGUUCGACAAAAAGCAAAGACGUUCCCAAUACACCACCAAAGCCGACUUUUGAGGUCCAGUCCAGCAUAAAGAAGGCCUCCUCAGCAACGAAUUUCAUGGAUGACUUUUCUUUAAUGUUUGGAGCUGCAUCAUUUUCUGGAGAAUUUGAGGAAAUUGAAGGCGAAAGCGAAGAAAGAAGAAGGGCAAGACUAGGUCGUCAUGAGAGAACCCAGGAACGAGUGGCAAAAGCAGUUGCUGAGAUGAACCAACGGGACUCUCAAACUCAGCACGAACAAGAAGAGAGGCGUAAAAUUGCUGAGAAUCUUGAUAUUGAGAUAAAGCGCUGGGCUGCAGGGAAAGAAGGCAAUAUGCGUGCACUAUUAUCAUCAUUACAGCAAGUGCUUUGGCCUGAAUCUGGGUGGGAACCAGUUUCACUAACCGAUUUGAUAACUUCUACUUCAGUCAAGCAAGUAUACAGAAAGGCUACAUUACGUGUCCAUCCCGACAAGGUUCAACAGAAAGGGGCCAGUCUUCAUCAGAAAUACACGGCUGAAAAGGUUUUUGAUAUACUUAAGGAAGCAUGGAAAAAGUUUGAAGCCGAAGAACUCCGAUAGUUUAUUGAGGUUGAAAUUGGAAAUUGCACGUCAGCAUUUUGUGGCAUUCAAAAUUGCGAGCUGAGCUGCACCUGCCAUAUCUAUACUGUUGGAAGAUCUUCAUGCCGCAGGUUCUAUAUGGAAGGAGGUACAGUUGAUGAUGGGGUAAAUUCGUUGUUUGUUGACAUGGGUCUUGCGAGGUUCUGUCAUACAUUGCCUCUCAAACAUACUUGACCUCAUACCAUUCUUGUGGAUAAUUAGCCUUCUACAUUCGUUCCCUGUGAUAUAUUUAUUUUGGUGUAUCAGCCAUAGCUCUUUUGCUUAUGGUAUGUUACGUCAAAACAAGUGCUUACAGACUGGUGUUUUCUCUUGUCUUUGGCA